AUGUCUGAGGUCCCGCUACCCGCCGCGCAGCAGCAGCAGCUCGAAACCGCCUCGGCCAUCGCAAUCGCGCAACUGAGCCCCGCGCUCGAGGAUCCCAAGACGCGCGUCAUUCGGGGCGUCGUGACAAUAACAUGGCCGUACAGCAUCGUCAGGAAAAACAUUGCCUUCCUCCUCGCCGAGGCCGACUUCCGCCUGCGUCGGGCAAAGGGCCAGGUGCGCGUCGAGUUUACCGGCUCCAGCGCCAAAGCGAUUGCGGAUGCGGCGUUGGGAAGCGGCGAUGAGAUUGCGCUGUCGUUGGACGGGGUCGAGCUCGUUGCGGAUGACUCCAAGACGCGCGUUCCGGGGACGAGUUUGGAGUGGCAGUUGAGGUUUACAGAGAGGGUGCUCCUGAUGGCCAAGAUCAAUGAUUCCGAAGAGGUCAAGAUUGUCGAUGUCGAUCACCCCGCGCAACCCGAACCAGAGUCCGAGGAACUGCCAGUGUCCAUCCUCGAGUCGUUCCAGGAUGUCGAAGAGACCCCGGCGCCCAUAGCGACACCCGCGAAGACGCCUUCGGGCAAGAGACCUGCCGACCAGGGCCUUGGCGCCGACGAGUUUGCGUCCCCCGCGUUCCUCAAGCGUGCCAGAGUAUCGUACGGAGGGCUGUUUGAUGGGGGCCUCAACAUCUUUGACGAGGCAGAUGACGGAGCAAAGGCCCGGGCGAAGAAGAAGCCAAAAACGGGCCGGUACAGCAGCGUUUGGACAUAUGCCAGUCGAUCUCCGAGCCCCGAGCAGGAAACACCCGCGGAGGAUGCCGACGACACGCCAAUGGCGGAGGAGCAACAGCCGACGAUCGCCACGCCGUCACGGCCUACGAUGGUAGACGGCGCCUGCCAGACGGUGGAGCAAGAAACAAGCCCCCCAAGAGAUGUACAGGUUGCGGCAGAGGCGCGGCAGAAUCCCUCGUACUGGCAGACGCCGUCGAAAUCGACAAUGAUCGAUUCAGGGGUUCAGUCUGAUCUGCCUCCCAGCCCCAACAUUGGGCUGACUCCACUCGGAUUUGGACCACCGCCUAUGCCGAUAUUCACGUCCGCCCACGAGCCGUAUCCGCCUGCCUUCCAGCAGGCGCCUCUCGGUCCCGUCUUUGGUCACGAUCUGCAGCCUAACAUGGAGCCGCACUACGAUGCUGAAGGGCCGUUUCACGAACACCCCAGUGCGUACCCAGAGGCAGGGCUUGACCACUCGCCUAUGCACGGCCACUAUCCCGCGACAUUCCUCGAUGAGCCGCAUUUUGGUCCAGACGGUGUCGUCACUUCACAACCGCUGUCGGAGCCGAUACCUGCGUACCAGGACCACCCGCAGCAGCACAAUUUUGAGGCAGAGCCCCAUCACACAGUCAUGGUUGAUGGGAUCGCAGAGCCUCAGCAAAUACCUUGGGGUCUCACGUCGGCGCACUACUCGAGAUCACCCGCGAAGCCUGCAGAGUCUGGUGGAGUGCAUGAGGAUCGGGCGUCUAAUCCCCAGGAUGCCCCUGGUGAGACGUGGGAUGACCGCGAGCGCGAUGUGCGAGACGAUCCCGAGGAUGAGGAUGAGGCACUCAGGGUAGAGGAGGACCAGAUGUCGGAAGAUCAAGACGGCCCUGAAGAGGAUUUUACAUCGAGAACGUACGCCGAGAGACGCCUCGAGCCGGGUGAAGAGGAUCGUGAGGAAGCCGCAAGCAUAGAAAAGGAGAGCAGUCCCGUGGGCAGCCGUAGUAGCAGCAGCGAAAGCAGCCAAGAGAGCGACGAGGAAGCCGAGCACGAGGCCGACGAUACCGGCGGGGACUACGACAUCACCCACUUUCGGAAUCUCAGCAACAACCAGGACGAUGACGCGGGGACAGACCUGGAGUCGGACUAUGGACAAGAAGAGGAGGAAGAGAUACUAGACCCGGAAGACGAGGAAGAGGGAUUCGAAUCCGAAGACUACGAUGAGGAGGGCUACGAUGAAGGUGACUAUGACGAAGACGAGGACCAAGAGAAUCAGCCGCCGCCUGCUGCUCCGCGCGGGGGGCCACCGGUAGUCAUUGACUUGCUCUCGGAUUCUGAGGAUGAGGAUACAGCCCCGCCGCCGCCGCCCGCCGCAGUUUCUCGGCGACGGAUACCGCAGUACGAUGGAUCCGCCGAUGAGAUGGAAGACGAGGACAUGGACGACCAAGAAAGCCAGGGAGAAAGUGUCAGGAAUGAGGCCAGUCAAGGAGGCUCGUCGCCUGCUCCGUCUGAAGCGGGAAGCGAGGAGGAUGAGGCAUCGCAAGUCGGCACGCCCACUCCGAAGCCCCGCCCGGCGACGUCCGCGCGACCAGUAUUCUCCGCUCCGGAUUUGACAACGGGGUCGAUUGGCGACGAUUUCGAGACGAUGAGCCCGGUGAAGCUGCCGCACAUGGCGGGCAUUCCGAAUAGUUCGUCUCGGCCUACCUCGCGAGGCGAGUCUGAUGAUCUGGAGGCGGAGCUUGAGAAGGAGUUGGAGGAGGAGAUUGCGGCUGAUGAUGCGAAGAGUGACCGGCAGACACCGGAAUCUAGUCCGGUUCGGCCUGUUCCGGCUGUCGAGGAGGAAGCGCUUGCCGUCGAGUCUCCUGCGGCUGAGAUAUCCAGCCCUGUUCGACCUGUCACGGCUACUGAGGAACCAGCCGUCGAGUCUCCCAUGGCUGAGGAAUCUAGCCCCCUUCGACCUGUCCCGGUUGUUGAGGAAGAAUCCAGCCCGGUUCGGCCUGUCUCCGCUGUUGCAUUAGCUGAUGAGUCCCCCGUGGCUGAGGAAUCUAGCCCUGUGCGGCCUGUGUCGGCUGUUGAGGAGAAGUCUAGCCCAGUUCGACCUGUCUCGGCUGUCAAGUCACUGGAGUCGGAGACUGAGGUCGUCGACGUUCAAGUUGCGCUGGAAGAGAAAUCAACCGUCGAGUCUGAAGAUUUGGUCACAGACCAAGCUGAGAAUCAGCCGGAUCCGGAUCAAUCAGAAGCUCAUGCCACAGCAAGGCUCCAGGCAAGAGUAGAGGAUGAAGAUGCUGCCGAGUCCGAAGUCCCAGCAGAGGAUGAAAAUACUGCCGAGCCUGAAGCUCUCCCUGCAGGCGAUGUCAGUCGACAGAUACCAGAGAUGGAAGCCAGCAAAGUUGAAGCGCCCGAGCCGACGGAGGAAGCCACACCGGACCGUGUCGAGAUCACAAAGACAGAGGUCACCGAGAUGGAAGUGGAAGAGACACAGCCUCAGCCUGACGAUGAAGACAUGGAAGUCGAGCAAUUCACUGUCGAGACUACAGUCCAGGACGUCAAAAUAGCAUCACCAGAACCUACAGUCGAGGUGCACAUGGACUCCGACGACGAGGGCUCUAUUGAGCCAGCGGACGUUGACAUGGGCGACCCAGAUGACAUGUCAGUCGAUGAAGUCAGUAGCAAUGCGUCAGACUCCGACAUGGAACUUGAUGAUGUGACUCAGGACCAACUCAUCCAGAGCCAGCUGUACGAGGAGUCGAUGAUGUAUGAAGAAGACCAGACGGUUACGACUUCCAUCACCACGACGCAGAUGGUUGAGGAGCGGCCAGUCUCUCAGGGAGGUGAUGCUGCCGACGACACUCAUGCCGAGACUGAGGUUAUCGAGACGUCACGGGUGACCGUUGAGACGACCUUCACGGAGCCCCUGGAGAGUGCAGAACCUGCACAACAUGCACAGGUCGAGGAUGCGAUGGACGUUGACGAUGACGGCAAGUCCACGAUAGCUUCUCCCACGCCCACUCCUCAAUCAUUCGAGGAGGUCAGAAUAGUCGAGGCAGAGAUCUCGCAGGUUGAAGAACAGACAACACCGCGUGCCACACAAACCGCAGAAUCUUUCUCGCAGUCGUUUGUUGAGACGCAGGUCACUGAGGUGACGAUACCUGACGACGUGGGUGACGCCGAAGCACAGGCGGAGCAAUUAGCGGAGCAUCUCGACAACAAACGCCCCGCCGAGUCACCCGCAGCUGCCCCAGUCCAACCCCACGAACCGCUGCUAGACGAUGAGGAAGAGGUGGAGAUGGAGAAGGAGACAACCACUCAACACGAAGCUGAUACUGAUGCGACCUCACCUAUCAACGAAGAGUCAUCACAAAUCCGAGAGUCCUCGGCGCAACCGUCCGAAGCGCAAUCGUCUCUUAUCGCCGAGGACCCGUCGGAGGAAGUCGUUUCCGCCGCGCAGCCAACUCCGAAGCGAGGUCGCGGCCAGCACCGCAGAACCAACAGCAAGGAUCAGGAUCCCAGCGUCAAGCUGGCCCGUGCGUCAGUUGCAUCUCGACGGUCGACGCGCCUAUCAGAUCGCACGACGCCUGAUAUCAACAGUGCUGCUGCCCGAGUGACGACGACGGCGGCGAGCCGAGGCAGGUCGGCGAGCCUGGCGCUCAAGAGCGAUUCACCUGAUGCGGACGCGGAGGAGGAUACGGGCGUGCAGCUCGCUAGGGCCGCGAUCAAGUCACCAUCGCGAGCGCCCAAGGCCGCCAAGGAGGAGGAACUCCCGAAAGAGGCCGGUGCAGCAGCAUCAUCAUCAACAUCAACAGCACCGCCACAAGCACAACCAGAACAAUCCUCGGCAGCCCUCAAAGCCCAGCUCACCAAAGCCCUCCGCGCCGACGUGCCGGACUGCAUCUCCCUCAAAGUCCUCCGAAGCCAUCCGGGCCGAACAGUCGACGUCCUCGCCGUCGCCACCACGAACCCCCCCGAAGCGAAGCGCGCCAAAGGCGGGCCCCGCGGCAUCAUGCUGGCGUUCAACGUCACAGACCACUCUAUCGCGCCGGCGCAGACGGUCGCCGUGCAGAUUUUCAGACCGCAUAAAGCUGCGCUGCCCGUCGUGCACCAGGGCGACGCGGUGCUGUUGAGGAAUUUCAGUGUCAUGGUGCUUACGAGGAGCGGGUUCGGGUUGAGGGCGAAUGAUGGGUCUAGUUGGGCCGUUUUUGAGCAGCAGCGCGGGCCACAGGGACAACAACAUGGGGACGGCAGCAGCGGCGGCGGCGAUGGUGGUAUGGAGGAUUUGCCGCAGAUUCGGGGUCCGCCUGUGGAGCUUUCUGAGGGGGAGACGGGGUAUGCGGCUCUGCUUAGGCGGUGGUAUGCCGGGCUGGACGCCAAGUCGCUUGCGAGGUUGGACAAGGCUAAUGAGGCGGCGCCGGCUGUUGGGAAUGUUGGUAAGGAGGGGAAGUGA